AUGUCCGACGCUCUCUGUGGGCCCUCGAAUGCUGUUCAGAACCUGGCCAAGCACUCGUCGGUUGACCGCACUCUGCAGCAAGACCGCCUGGUCUCACGACAAUCGCCCUCUCAAGGGUUUCGCUCGUAUGAUCCAAAUGUCGCAUCACUAGAUCCAGAAUUCGAAGCCUUCCAAAAUGCUCAAGGCCCUAGCCUUGCAGGUCCUUCAUGGGCUGCUUCUUCGCUGAACAACCUUCACGCACGACCGCCACCUUUUCAGUCAGUUUCUCCUGCUCCGUCGGCGUCCUGGACUCAGGAUUUCAACCGCUUGUCUAUCUCGUCUCCGCAACAACCGCAAUUCCAACCAGCCCCUCAAGCCUGGCACAAUCACUUUGCCCAAAAUGCACAACAGUCUGCUGCUCUGCACGCUCCUUCUUCUCAGAUACAACCACCGUCUGCCCGCUUCCAACCUUCGCUCGCUUUCAAUCACAUGUACUCCGCUCCGCAAUACGCCUCUCAACCUCAGUCCUUCCAGCAACAGCAACAACAACACCUACCUCAAGACCACUUUGACGAAGCUGCUUUCGAAGCUGCUUUUGAUGCCGCUUUGCAGGAUGCUGCCAUAGAACAGGACUCUUCCAUGCACGAACAUGAACAACUUGACUCCUUCGACUUCGACUCGUUCCUCCCAGACAUAUACCCGCACCUCCCCCUAUUUCGUCUCGCGCUAGCCGAUGCUUUGGUCACGAAUACGGACGAGUCCCUCCAUCGAGCUGCCAAGGUCGUCAGCCUCCUCAUCCACCACCCUCAGAUUAUGAAUCCUGUCGAUGCUAUGCUCUUUCGACCCUUGUUAUCUGCCUUGAACGAUCCUAAACGCACCUUGUUUUCUGAAAGAUAUGGCUAUGAGCCUGCUUUGAACGAAAUGUUAGAUGGUCUUGCUCAACAGACUGAAAACAGCCAGGUCAACAUAGAUGCUUCGACUGAGCAACUGCUUGCCUCGUACGCGGAUUUGCUUUGGCAAAGGAAUGAGUCGAACCACUUGCAGCCUACAAAAGUUCCGCGUUCUGCUGAUAAUGCUUACUGGCUCGAACACUUUUUCCGUGAGGAGGAUCCUAACUCUGCUCUGAACGUCACACAACACUCUGCAAGACUUUUGACAGAAAGUUUUGAUCGCCAAGUCAUAUCGAAUCCCAACUCCCAGGCUUUGAGCCGAGUACUGGAUAUGGAGUAUGAGGUUUACUCUAAGCGACCGGCCCUUUCAGCUUUCUCCGCGCAGCAACCCACGUCUGCUCAGGAGCGGGAGGCCACAUUAUUCAACAUGAUGGAACACAUUCUAACUACUCCAGAGGUUGUUGAAGCUCUGGACGCGACGGCUCCACAAACAUUCGAGGAUUAUCAACAUCAAUUACGUGUGUUGGAGCAGCGGUCUCGAGUGGGUCAUGUCGUUCCACAAGUGGCAAGCGCAACAGAGCAAGAGCACGCUGGAGAUUCUGCCAUGCAAACUUCGAGGGAGCUCAAUGCGACAGAAGACCUACUUGAAUCCGUAUUUGAGGCCGGACUGUCAGAAGACAUGUUGAACGAACAAGCAGAGCGGCAGCGUCAAGAACAGAGAGAGUUGGAUCGGCAGAAUGAUGACGAGUUGGCACAGACCGCAGCCAAUCUACUCGAGCGUGUUUCUGAUAACCAGACCUCAAAGUUCAAGAACAGUGCCUUCCUUGGGCUCAUGAGGCAGCUUGCAGAUCGUGAAAUCAGAGUCGAAGGAGACAAAAUGGUCCCUGUGAGUAUAGCUAAGCUGCAACAAGUCAAUUAA